AUGACUACAUUAAAGGUUUUUCUUACAGGUGCUACAGGCUAUAUUGGAGGUGAAGUUCUCUAUCAAUUGUUGAAUAACAAAACGCAUAACUUUGAAGUAACUGCGUUGGUUCGGUCGCAGGAGAAGGCAGAUCUUCUAACAAAGGCUACCAAUAAUAAGGUGAUUCCUGUUAUUGGGAGUCUUGAUUCUCUUGAGGUAAUUGAAAAGCAAGUAAACGAAAAUGAGAUCAUUAUUAACACUGCCAAUGUGGAUCAUGUUCCAUCAGCAAAAGUGUUGGCAGAUACUUUAGCUAAGAAGAAGAGCAAGGCAAUCUUGAUUCAUACUUCAGGGACGUCAGUUAUUGGUGAUGAAAUGUCAGAAAGCAAAAAGCCAUCAACUAAAAUCUAUUAUGAUGACAAAAAUAUUGACGAAAUCAAUUCUUUGCCCUUAGAACAGCCCCAUAGACCUGUCGAUGCUAUUAUAUUGGAUAUCAAUGAAAGAAAUCCAAAUAUUGAGACAGCUAUUAUUUCACCAUCUGCGAUUUUUGGACAGAGCGAUGGUUAUGACAAGAUUGUUUCAGCUCAGAUUCCUUACUUAAUUUCUCUUUCAGUUGCAAAUGAUCAGGCAUUCAGUGUCUAUGGCGGAAAAUACAUCUGGAGCCAUGUACAUAUUAAAGAUCUAGGAGAUUUGUACAUGAUAAUCCUUGACAAAUUGAUUAAUGGUAGCAGUAUUCCAAAAGGAAGAGAGGGAUAUUAUUUUGGGUCCUACACGGUACAGAAUGAAGGUCCUAUUACUGAAAAACCUUCUGAAAUCGAGCAUUAUUGGAGUGAUGUUUCCGAAGCAAUCGCCGAAAAUCUUUACAAGAGAAAACAGAUCAGUAAGAGUGAUGUUGCCCAAUUAAAGCCUGACCAGGUCAUUAAACUCUCCAAAGGCAAUGAUUUUGCUCCAUAUUUAUGGUGUACAAAUUCUAGAAGUAGAGGGCAAAAUGGUAUAAAAAUUGGAUGGAAGCCACAAUAUGUAGAUGCUAAAUACUUCUGGGAUUCUAUUCCUGGAGAAGUUGAUUAUUUUAUUAAGAAUAGCCUCGCAAAUAAGUGA